UGUUCUUCCAUAAUGAGACACUUUAUAACAGGACGUCAGCGCUGGGAUCAAUCUAGUCAGAGGAGGACUUUACAGGAAGGAGGAGAUCCGCUGUUGGACUCUAUCAGGAGGAAAACUUGCAUCGCUUCUUGCUUUUUGCUUCUUUUCUGGGAUACGAGCCUCUCGCCUAUAAUCUGAGAAGAUGCUGAUCCUGCUGCUGGGAAUCGUCUUCCUGCACAUUGCUGCUCUUGUUCUCCUGUUUGUCUCAACAAUCGUCAGUGUAUGGACAACAGCAGAAGAUGGCACCGCAGACCUCUGGAAAAACUGUACGUUGGACGCUAUGGGAUACGUCUGCAGCGGAGCAUCAACUGGAGGUCGGACAGCUGCAUGUUUCUCUACAUUUAGCCGCCAAGUUCUGUAUCUGCAUGUUUUUCAUGGUUUAAAAUCUUUGGUGAGGAAAGGGCAGCCCGAUCCAGCUUCAGAAACAUUUUCCUGCUCACCAGCGCUGUUAUUCUACGCUUCUUCUUCAGGUCUGUUCGUGAUGAGCGGCGCCAUCAUCUACACGGUAAUGAGUCCGGGUUGGGUGCCGAAGGAUAACACGUUCGGCUACUCCUACAUCCUGGCGUGGGUGGCCUUCCCUCUGGCCCUCAUCAGCGGACUCAUCUACGUCAUCUUAAGGAAGCGAGAAUGAACCGCCCCUCCAUCCCAGUGCUCCCAGUAACCCUAUGAAGAUCCCUUCUGAAGUUUAAGUUGUGAAGCCAAUAUCAAAGAAGUAACACCAAAGAAAACCCAAUUCAGAAUACCAAUACUGUCUGUUUAAAGAUGUAUAUAGUAUCUAUGGUUAAAACCUAUUUAUAACACUUUUUACAUGUAUGUACAUAGUUUUUGUGUUGCUCUGUUGAUACUAUGGGCUUUGUUUUAGCUGAAAAAUGCCUGUCUUUGUUUAUAAGUAUGAUAUUAUAAAAAAAGCUGUUUUAUUUUGCCAUUUGGUUUGCAUAACUGCCAAAGUUUUAGAGUAAGCAAAAAAACUUGUCAUAGUAACUAUAUGCAUGUUUAGAAAUAUGAGAGACUAAUAAUAGAGUUAACAUCUUAGAGUGUAGCAUAGCUUUUUCUGUUUCCCAGUUUGCAAGUCAUUUAGUGUUUUUUUUAUUUUAUUGUUUUAAACGAAAAUAUGGUGCUAUAUAAUUAUCAUUCCUUUUACUGAUAGCAAUUAUACAAAACGCAGUUAUUUUGUUUGUAUUCAGUUUGAAAUGAUUCUAGAAAAAUGAAACAGAGGAACACUU